AGUCCACAGCUGUCACUAAUCGGGGUAAGCCUUGUUGUAUUUGCGCGUGUGGGUGGCAUUCUCAAUGAGAACUAGCUUCACUUGUCAUUUGAGUGAAAUCUACAACCCGAGGCGGCUAGUGCUCCCGCACUACUGGGAUCUGAGAUCUUCGGAGAUGACUGUCGCCCGCAGUACGGAGCCAGCAGAAGUCCGACCCUUCCUGGGAAUGGGCUGUACCGAGAGGUCCGACUAGCCCCAGGGUUUUAGUGAGAGGGGCAGUGGAACUCAGCGAGGGACUGAGAGCUUCACAGCAUGCACGAGUUUGAUGCCAGAGAAAAAGUCGGGAGAUAAAGGAGCCGCGUGUCACUAAAUUGCCGUCGCAGCCGCAGCCACUCAAGUGCCGGACUUGUGAGUACUCUGCGUCUCCAGUCCUCGGACAGAAGUUGGAGAACUCUCUUGGAGAACUCCCCCAGUUAGGAGACGAGAUCCCUACAAUUACUACUUUUUCUUGCGCUCCCCACUUGCCGCUCGCUGGGACAAACGACAGCCACAGUUCCCCUGACGACAGGAUGGAGGCCAAGGGCAGGAGCUGACCAGCGCCGCCCUCCCCCGCCCCCGACCCAGGAGGUGGAGAUCCCUCCGGUCCAGCCACAUUCAACACCCACUUUCUCCUCCCUCUGCGCCUAUAUUCCCGAAACCCCCUCCUCCUUCCCUUUUCCCUCCUCCCUGGAGACGGGGGAGGAGAAAAGGGGAGUCCAGUCGUCAUGACUGAGCUGAAGGCAAAGGGUCCCCGGGCUCCCCACGUGGCGGGCGGCCCGCCCUCCCCCGAGGUCGGAUCCCCACUGCUGUGUCGCCCAGCCGCAGGUCCGUACCCGGGGAGCCAGACCUCGGAUACCUUGCCUGAAGUUUCGGCCAUACCUAUCUCCCUGGACGGGCUACUCUUCCCUCGGCCCUGCCAGGGACAGGACCCCUCCGACGAAAAGACGCAGGACCAGCAGUCGCUGUCGGACGUGGAGGGCGCAUAUUCCAGAGCUGAAGCUACAAGGGGUGCUGGAGGCAGCAGUUCUAGUCCCCCAGAAAAGGACAGCGGACUGCUUGACAGUGUCUUGGAAACUCUGUUGGCGCCCUCAGGUCCCGGGCAGAGCCAACCCAGCCCUCCCGCCUGCGAGGUCACCAGCUCUUGGUGCCUGUUUGGCCCCGAACUUCCCGAAGAUCCACCGGCUGCCCCCGCCACCCAGGGGGUGUUGUCCCCGCUCAUGAGCCGGUCCGGGGGCAAGGCUGGAGACAGCUCCGGGACGGCAGCUGCCCAUAAGGUGCUGCCCCGGGGCCUGUCACCAUCCCGGCAGCUGCUGCUCCCGGUCUCUGGGAGCCCUCAUUGGUCCGGGGCCCCAGUGAAGCCGUCUCCGCAGCCAGCUGCGGUGGAGGUUGAGGAGGAGGAUGGCUCCGAGUCCGAGGAGUCUGCGGGUCCGCUUCUGAAGGGCAAACCUCGGGCUCUGGGUGGCGCGGCGGCUGGAGGAGGAGCCGCGGCUGUCCCGCCGGGGGCGGCAGCAGGAGGCGUCGCCCUGGUCCCCAAGGAAGAUUCCCGCUUCUCAGCGCCCAGGGUCGCCCUGGUGGAGCAGGACGCGCCGAUGGCGCCCGGGCGCUCCCCGCUGGCCACCACGGUGAUGGAUUUCAUCCACGUGCCUAUCCUGCCUCUCAAUCACGCCUUAUUGGCAGCCCGCACUCGGCAGCUGCUGGAAGACGAAAGUUACGACGGCGGGGCCGGGGCUGCCAGCGCCUUUGCCCCGCCGCGGAGUUCACCCUCUGCCUCGUCCACCCCGGUCGCUGUAGGCGACUUCCCCGACUGCGCGUACCCGCCCGACGCCGAGCCCAAGGACGACGCGUACCCUCUCUAUAGCGACUUCCAGCCGCCCGCUCUAAAGAUAAAGGAGGAGGAGGAAGGCGCGGAGGCCUCCGCGCGCUCCCCGCGUUCCUACCUUGUGGCCGGUGCCAACCCCGCAGCCUUCCCGGAUUUCCCGUUGGGGCCACCGCCCCCGCUGCCGCCGCGAGCGCCCCCAUCCAGACCCGGGGAAGCGGCGGUGACGGCCGCACCCGCCAGUGCCUCAGUCUCGUCCGCGUCCUCCUCGGGGUCGACCCUGGAGUGCAUCCUGUACAAAGCAGAGGGCGCGCCGCCCCAGCAGGGCCCGUUCGCGCCGCCGCCCUGCAAGGCGCCGGGCGCGAGCGGCUGCCUGCUCCCGCGGGACGGCCUGCCCUCCACCUCCGCCUCUGCCGCCGCCGCCGGGGCGGCCCCCGCGCUCUACCCUGCACUCGGCCUCAACGGGCUCCCGCAGCUCGGCUACCAGGCCGCCGUGCUCAAGGAGGGCCUGCCGCAGGUCUACCCGCCCUAUCUCAACUACCUGAGGCCGGAUUCAGAAGCCAGCCAGAGCCCACAAUACAGCUUCGAGUCAUUACCUCAGAAGAUUUGUUUAAUCUGUGGGGAUGAAGCAUCAGGCUGUCAUUAUGGUGUCCUUACCUGUGGGAGCUGUAAGGUCUUCUUUAAAAGGGCAAUGGAAGGGCAGCACAACUACUUAUGUGCUGGAAGAAAUGACUGCAUCGUUGAUAAAAUCCGCAGAAAAAACUGCCCAGCAUGUCGCCUUAGAAAGUGCUGUCAGGCUGGCAUGGUCCUUGGAGGUCGAAAAUUUAAAAAGUUCAAUAAAGUCAGAGUUGUGAGAGCACUGGAUGCUGUUGCUCUCCCACAGCCAGUGGGCAUUCCAAAUGAAAGCCAAGCCCUAAGCCAGAGAUUCACUUUUUCACCAGGUCAAGACAUACAGUUGAUUCCACCACUGAUCAACCUGUUAAUGAGCAUUGAACCAGAUGUGAUCUAUGCAGGACAUGACAACACAAAACCUGACACCUCCAGUUCUUUGCUGACAAGUCUUAAUCAACUAGGCGAGAGGCAACUUCUUUCAGUAGUCAAGUGGUCUAAAUCAUUGCCAGGUUUUCGAAACUUACAUAUUGAUGACCAGAUAACUCUCAUUCAGUAUUCUUGGAUGAGCUUAAUGGUGUUUGGUCUAGGAUGGAGAUCCUACAAACAUGUCAGUGGGCAGAUGCUGUAUUUUGCACCUGAUCUAAUACUAAAUGAACAGCGGAUGAAAGAAUCAUCAUUCUAUUCAUUAUGCCUUACCAUGUGGCAGAUCCCACAGGAGUUUGUCAAGCUUCAAGUUAGCCAAGAAGAGUUCCUCUGUAUGAAAGUAUUGUUACUUCUUAAUACAAUUCCUUUGGAAGGGCUACGAAGUCAAACCCAGUUUGAGGAGAUGAGAUCAAGCUACAUUAGAGAGCUCAUCAAGGCAAUUGGUUUGAGGCAAAAAGGAGUUGUGUCGAGCUCACAGCGUUUCUAUCAACUUACAAAACUUCUUGAUAACUUGCAUGAUCUUGUCAAACAACUUCAUCUGUACUGCUUGAAUACAUUUAUCCAGUCCCGGGCACUGAGUGUUGAAUUUCCAGAAAUGAUGUCUGAAGUUAUUGCUGCACAAUUACCCAAGAUAUUGGCAGGGAUGGUGAAACCCCUUCUCUUUCAUAAAAAGUGAAUGUCAUCUUUUUCUUUUAAAGAAUUAAAUUUUGUGGUAUGUCUUUUUGUUUUGGUCAGGAUUAUGGGGUCUUCAGUUUUUAUAAUGUUCUUCUGAAAGCCUUACAUUUAUAACAUAUCAUAGUGUGUAAAUUUAAAAGAAAAAUUGUGAGGUUCUAAUUAUUUUCUUUUAUAAAGUAUAAUUAGAAUGUUUAACUGUUUUGUUUACCCAUAUUUUCUUGAAGAAUUUACAAGAUUGAAAAAGUACUAAAAUUGUUAAAGUGAACUAUAUCUCAUCCAUAUUAUUUCAUACCAUGUAGGUGAGGAUUUUUAACUUUUGCAUCUAACAAAUCAUAGACUUAAGAGAAAAAAUCUUACGUGUAAUAACACAAAGCUAUUAUAUGUUAUUUCUAUGUAACUCCCUUUGUCUCAAUUAUAUUUCCAAAAA